AUGGCAGGUAAUUUUGGUGUUGCAGGCAAUUCUAGUGCCAGUGCCCGAACUUCCCUCCCCGGCAGUAUUGCUCCAGCCACAACUGCAGGCACACGCCAAGACCCUCCCCCAGCCACAGGCCUCAAGGUGCGCAAACCCAGAAAGAAACGUGAGCCGAACGUUAGCACCACCGAAUCUGAGAAGAAAGAGCGGGCACCUCGAAAACCACGAGGUGCAUCGAGUGCAACUACAAACUCGCGCAAAAAGCCCAAGGUCGAGCAGCUGGAUGACAACAACACCAUUGAUCUAUCCCGACCCGCGAGCGCCGGCCUGCAAGCUUCGACACUAGUUCAACCUGUCUCCUUCACUAACUCCCCACAUCUCAAUGCCACCGAAACCCGGAAUGAGGCUGCCAAGACUGCCGAAUCUGGCGUCUCGAUGCAGGAUCCCGCGAUGUCACAUACAAAUAUUCCGUCUCGCCAGCCCUAUGACUACAACCGUGAUGGUCCUAAGCCGCCACCACCCACGUCGACCACUGCCCGCUCGACUGCCAUGUACGACCCUAUCAGAUCCAUGACUAUUGCACGGAUAGUCGAUCCCCCGCCACCAGCUUCAUCUCCACAAGUUCUUCAUACACCACCCAGACCGACCUACAAUCCAAGCAUGUCACCUGCCAUCUCUGGCAUCAUUGACCCUCCUGCGCAAUCCUCUUUUGCUCAAUCACCAACAGCACUCCCCCCCUCACCAUCGACGGCGCAUGCACAACCUCAACCGAAUGGGCAGGCCAACAACUUACCACCUAUCAAUGGCCACUUGUCUUCCAUGGACAUCGACUCGGUGCCUAUCGAACAAGCUUCAAAGAAGAUAAUCAAAAAGGUCCCCUCCGAGGUGCCAACUCGUGCCGGCUCGCCUAAACCCACACGAGCUAAAGAACAGCCUCCUCCUCCCCCACCCGGAUCCGGGCUUCUGUCCGCUAGUUUAUUCGGAGGUGACUCCAGCAUGGACAGCACAGUGAAGGAUGGAGGGAAAGCACCAAGCAUCGUCCUCCAUGUCGACCUCAAAGAAUCGAACAAUAGAGUGAUCAGUUUCGGCCGCCUGGCAGAAGAAAAGUAUGGGUUUGCAGCGUUGUACCCACGGCAAGCGGCCCAGAAAGAACGAUUAGCCAAGGUUGCUGCAGCAGGAGCUGCGUUGGAGCGGUCGGCGUCGGGAAGUAAAUUUGGGGGGACAUCAGCGGGAGAGAGUGGUGAUGAGGACCUCAGCGUCGACAUUGAACGUGACUCGGACGCUGACGGUGACAUCGCCAUGUCGGGCAUCAACGGCGGUCUGGAGACGACUAACAGUGGCACUGACGCACCUGGGCCCAAACGGAGAAGGAGACGAAAGCAGGAAGAGUACGAUCAAGACGAUCCGUUUGUGGACGAUAGCGAGUUACUCUGGGAGGCACAAGCUGCGGCAAGCAAAGACGGCUUUUUUGUCUACUGUGGACCGCUUGUGCCCGAAGGAGAGAAGCCUGCCGUGGAAAGGGCCGACGGCACGAUCAAACGUGGUCGUGGCCGAGGCCGAGGCGGUGGUCCUGGUUCUCGAGGCGGACGGGGCGGCGCUGGAGCCGCUGAAGGCGGUUCUGGACGAGGUGGCGGCGCUGGAUCUCGAGGUGGCGGCACCACACGCAAACCACGAAUUACCAAAGCAGAACGUGCGCAGCGAGAACAAGAGAAGCUUGCAAGGGAGAAGAUGGCACCUAUUCUGGCUAAGCCAUCGGCAUACCCCAGCUAG